AUGACUCUCCAUCAAAGUAGACAACAUAUCUUUACUAAUGGACCGCUCGACUGUUCAGUUAGCCAGACUGCUACUCCGGUUCACAACCUACCUUCAGGUCUGGAUUCGGACGCAACCACUCCUCCACUCCUUCAGAAGCCGUCUGGCAUAUCCACCGCCAUUGAAGACUUAGAUUCGGACGCAUCCGCUCCCUCGCUCCUUAAGAAACCAUCAGACAUAUCCACCUUCAUCGAAAAUGAGCAAGCAUUUGAUUUCAAGCAGGCACUCAGAGACCUCAUGAAACGGCAAGUCCGUCAAGAUGAAGGGAUCAAGGACUACCAACUUGGUAUCAUGUUUAAAGACUUGCGUGUCGUUGGUGCAGGUUCUCGUACUUUGCUCCAACCCACUGUAAGCUCACCUUUCCAUCCCUCAACGCUUCUGCGCAAGAUAAGGGAAACCCGCCACCCCCCUACCAGAGAUAUCUUGUCCGGAUUCGAGGGUGUAGUCACUCCUGGCCAAAUGCUUUUGGUCCUUGGCCGUCCUGGUUCUGGAUGUUCAACCUUCCUCAGGACGCUCGCUAACCGACGUGGGGAGUACCAUACGGUUGAGGGUGAAGUUUUUUAUGAUUCAUUUACCCCGAAAGAGAUUCAUGACUCCUUCCGUGGCGAUGUCACUUACUGUCCGGAGGAUGAUGUCCACUUUCCAACCCUGACUGUCAAUCAGACGCUCUCUUUCGCUGUCAGAAAUCGUACACCCUUAACACGUCUUCUCGGCCAGGCACGCGAGGAAUACGUUGAGGAUACUACCACGAAGCUAAUGAAAGUCAUGGGCCUCUACCAUUUGAAAAAUGCCUUGGUCGGUAAUGCUGAAGUGCAAGGUGUUUCCGGAGGUGAGAGAAAGCGAGUUUCCAUUGCAGAAACUUUAGGCUCUGCAGGCUCACUUUGUGUAUGGGAUAAUUCUACUCGUGGACUAGACUCCUCGACUGCCCUUGAGUUCAUUCGCACAUUGCGUUACAUCACAGAUAUCAGACGCACGACAACGAUCAUUUCUCUCUACCAGGCCAGCGAUCGAUUAUAUGAUUUAUUUGACAAGGUCUGUGUUAUUGCGGAAGGUAAGAUGGCCUAUUUUGGUUCGGCAAAGUUGGCCAAAGGUUAUUUCAUCGAUAUGGGCUUCGAACCUCAAAACAGGCAGACCACUCCCGAUUUUUUGGUAGCAGUCACGAACGCGAACGGAAGGAAAAUCCGUCCUGGAUAUGAGAGCUUUGUUCCGCGGACGUCGGAGGACCUUGCUAGUCGUUUCAUGGUGUCCGACCUCGGUCGCCAGAACCAGAAAACGAUUGAAAUGCGCUGCGAACAAUUUAUUGGCAAUCGCAAACACAAGCAAACGUAUCUGUCUAGCAUAGCCGCUGAACGUGCCCCCAGAUCUACCGCGUACAUGACUUCUAUUCCCCAGCAAGUCAAAGCGGUCAUGAUGCGCCGCUUGCAAGUUAUUGUUGGUAAUAAGUUCGAGCUCUUUGUACAGCUGGCUUCCCAGGUCUUCCAAGCGGUGAUUAUGGGCACCGUCUUCCUGGACGUGCCAAAGGACACCUCAGCCUAUUUCUCUCGUGGGGGUGUUCUGUUCUUCUCCCUGUUCUUCAGCGCUAUUACAUCUCUUGCAGAAGUCCCUGCGCUUUUCUCCCAACGUCCAAUUAUACUUCGCCACCAGAAAGCUGCAUUAUACUACCCUUUUAUCCAGAGCCUUGCGCAUACUGUCGUCGAUAUCCCGAUGACUUUGGUCAUUCAACUGGUUUUCGCUGUGAUACUUUACUUGCUGGUUGGGUUGCAACGUUCUGCCGCACAAUUUUUCAUAUUUUACCUUUUUAUUUCCUUAAUGUCACAAACCAUGAAGUCACUCUUCAGAACCAUUGCUGCAAGCUUCAAAACUUGUCAUAGUGCAAUAGCUGCUAGUGGUAUCUUCGUUCUUUUGAUAUCGUUCUAUGGUGGGUAUGCAAUCCCUUGGCCGACUGCUCCAAUGGGUCUGCGGUGGAUCAUGUGGCUGAACCCUUUGUGGUGGGGAUUUGGUGCACUUGUUGUGAACGAGUUUCAUACGCUUGACGGAGUUUGCUCCACUCUCGUUCCUCAGGGUCCUGGCUAUGAGAAUGUCUCACUUGUAAACCAGGUCUGUACAACGGCUGGAUCGCAGCCCGGGCAGCUUCUCGUUGAUGGCAACAUCUAUGUUGGAUUGACGUUCGACUUUUGGUAUGAUCAUCUUUGGAGGAACUUUGGUGUCAUUUGUGCCUUCCAUCUCCUGUUCUUGGCUGCUCUCCUAAUCGCAACAGAAUACAAUACGCCAUCUACUUUCGGCAACGUCGUCAUUCUCUUCAGGUCGAACUCUAAUGUUAUCGAUGGGGGUGCCAAGGCACCUGACGAGGAGAAGGCAGAUGCCGAGUUUCGCUCUGGAAACCACUCCAAGGCAGCUGAUCAAUCAACUCUCCACAACCUCGAGAAGAACACUAUGGAUACAAACCUUUUCACGUGGCAGCACCUGCAAUAUGAAGUCCCCAUUAAGGGCGGUAUGAAACGCCUUCUUGAUGAUAUCACGGGUUUUGUUGUCCCUGGGAAACUCACUGCGUUGAUGGGCGAAUCUGGCGCUGGAAAGACCACACUUCUGAACGUUCUUGCACAACGCGUCGCUGCUGGUGUGGUGGGUGGUGACCUGUUCGUUAAUGGACAGUCGCUUCCCAUAGACUUCCAGGCUCAGAUCGGUUACUGCCAACAACUCGAUGUUCACCUUCCCGAGGCAACUGUUCGUGAAGCGCUCCUUUUCUCCGCAAACCUUCGCCAACCCCAGUCGGUUCCUCUCGCUGAAAAGAAAGCUUAUGUUGACAAGUGCCUUCAAAUGUGUGGUCUAGAGGAGUAUGGCGAUGCCAUUGUUGGUUCUCUUGGGGUUGAGCAUCAUAAACGCACCACUAUUGCAGUGGAGCUCGCUGCCAAGCCCAAACUGCUACUCUUUUUGGAUGAGCCCACGUCUGGUCUCGAUUCGCAAUCUGCCUGGGCUAUCGUGCAGUUCCUUCGUGAACUUGCUAACCAUGGUCAGGCCAUUGUCUGCACGAUCCAUCAGCCAUCAGCGGAGCUCUUCCAGGCCUUUGACAGAUUGCUGCUCCUCUGCAAGGGUGGACAGACUGUCUACUUUGGCGACAUUGGCGAGAACUCAUCGACCAUCCUGAACUACUUGGAGCGUAAUGGUGCUCCACGCUGCGGCUCCGACGCCAACCCGGCGGAAUACAUACUUGACGUGAUUGGUGCUGGAGCAGCUGCAGUCUCCAUCACUGAUUGGUACCAUGUCUGGAAGCGUUCAUCAGAGGCGAUGGAGCUUCAAGUUGAGAUCGAAAAGAUGCACGAACAAGCUUCCAGCAUUCCGUCCUUCGCCACCUCAUGGUUGCACCAGUUCGUUGCCCUCACCCAACGGAACUUCCGAGCAUACUGGCGUGCUCCCGCGUAUAUACGCGCUAAGUUUAUGCUUAACAUUGCUGGUGGCCUCCUUGUGGGUUUUACAUUCUUCCAGGCAAAUAAUUCUUUGCAGGGCACCCAAAACAAACUGUUUUCAAUCUUCCUUGUCCUCGUGCUCAGCAUUUCCCUCGUCCAUCAGAUCAUGACCGUCUACAUUGACAUUCGUACAGUGUACGAAAUCCGUGAACGUCAUAGUAGAAUGUAUCACUGGACUGCUCUCCUCGUGUCACAGCUUGCUGCUGAGCUUCCUUGGAACAUGACAAGUUCGGCAAUGUUCUUUUUCUGUUGUUACUGGACUGUCGGAUACCCCACGGGCCGGGCAGGCUAUACUUUCCUCAUGCUCUCUGUCGCCGUCCCGCUGUAUUAUACCACGCUUGGACACGGCAUCGCAUCCAUGGCACCAACCACUCCAGUUGCAUCCCUGUACUUCACAACUCUCAUUAUCUUUGUCUUGAUCUUUGACGGCGUAAUCCAGCCAUUCAUGGAGCUUAAUUGGUGGAAAUGGAUGUACAGGGUCUCCCCUUUCACAGUACAUCAUCGAGGGCCUCCUUGCUCAAGGUUCCUAUUGGCGGGGAAAGCUAUCAGCUGCUCUUACACAGAACUAGUCUCCGUCAACCCACCGAAGGGUUUGACGUGCGAUAAGUACAUGGGCCCCUUCAUGCAAUUCGCUGGCGGCUACCUCACGAACCCUGAAGCUGCAGAAGGCUGCCAGUACUGUCCCUAUACGACUACGGACCAGUACAUGUUCUCCAGGUUCAACAUCGCAUACAGUAAUCAUUGGCGCAACCUGGGCAUCGUUUUCGGAUUCGUUGCAUUUAACAUUAUCGCUGUUUUCUGGUUCACAUAUUUCAUGCGCAUUCGUACUGUCGGUGUGUUUGCUUCUCUUAGGCAGAAGUUGACUCGUAGCAGGUAG